AUGAAAAUUUUAACAAUUUAUUUAUUAAUUAUUUAUUUUAUAGUAUUUAUUAAAAAUGUUGUAAAUUGUGAAAUUGAACAAUUAAUGAUUAAUGGUUGUGAAAAAUUUGAUGAAAGUGGUGAUGUUUGUAUAAAAUUAAAGAAAUUGAAUUUUUAUACAAUCAAUUCAGUUGGUCAACCAUUGACAAGGGAUUUAUUGGACUAUGUUGAAAAUCAAUUAUCAAUCAACCAAGAUGAUAAUAAAUUAAUAUUAACCAGUGAAAAUCAAUUUAAUGUUUAUUUAAAUGAAGAUCAAUUUAAAUUUUUAAAUGAAAAAAAGAAAGAAUUUGGACUUGAAAUCAAAUUAAAUUUAGUGAAAAAUUUAGAAGAAAUUUUAGGAACUACAAUUCAAACUGAAAUGGAUAAAUUAAAAAGAAUUACAGUUUUAUUAGAAUCAAUGCGUUAUAAUUAUAAUAAAGGUGGUAGUAGUACUGCAUAUGGACAAUCACCAUUUUUAGUUAGAUCAGAAUCUGGUAUCAUUGAUUAUAAUCAUUAUUUAAAUUAUAAUCAAUUAACUGAUUUUAUGAAAAAAAUUUCAAACUAUUAUCCAAAUCAAUCAAAAUUAUAUUCAAUUGGUAAAUCAUCAUUGGGUAGAGAAUUAUGGGCAAUUGAUUUAUCAAAUUUUCAAUUAAAAAAAAACAAUAAUAAUAAAUUUAAACAAAAUGUUAAAUUAGUUGGUAAUAUGCAUGGUGAUGAAGUUGUUGGUAGACAAAUGUUAAUUUAUUUAAUUGAUCAUUUAUUAUACAGAAAUUCAAAAGUUGAUAAAGAGUAUGUCGAAUUAUUUGAAAAUUUAAUUAUUUCAAUUGUACCAUCAAUGAAUCCAGAUGGAUAUGAACUUGGUCAAAGAGAGAAUGCAAAUCAUUUCGAUUUGAAUAGAAAUUUUCCAGAUAAAUUUGUGGGAUCAAGUAGUGAACUUUAUAAAAAGAUUCAACCUGAAGUUCAAUCAAUCAUCGAUUGGAGUAAAGAAAGAAAUUUUGUAAUGUCUGCAAAUCUACAUGGUGGCUCAUUAGUUGCCAACUACCCAUUCGAUUCGACCAGAGACAGUGAUAAUGGCUAUGGAUUCGGUAUUCAGUAUCCAACAACCGAUGAUGUCGUAUUCAGAAGAAUGGCAUUGACAUAUUCAUUGAAUCAUGCUAAAAUGUAUCAAUCAAAAGAAUUCCUUGGUGGAAUUGUCAACGGUGCUAAAUGGUACACUCUCAGAGGUGGCAUGCAAGAUUACAACUAUGACUUCACCAAUGGUAUGGAAAUCACAUUAGAACUAUCAUCAGAGAAAAUUCCAAAAUCAAUUGAAUUAAAUAGAUUUUGGAAUGAUAAUCGUAAUGCAUUGGUUAAAUUCAUUUCAUUACCACUAUCAAUGAGUAUCUUUGGUAGAGUCACUAAUAAUAAUAAUGAGAAUUUAUUUGCUCAAAUUCAAAUUUCAAAUAUUGAUAAAAUUGUAACAACUGACCCCUCAAAUGGUUAUUAUUCAAGAUUAUUAGAUGAUGGUUUCUAUAAUGUAACAGUUUCAAGUUUUGGUUAUAAAUCAAUUACAAAAUCAAUACUUUUAAAUCCAAAUUCAAGAGAAAAUAUUGAUUUUAUUUUAGAUUUUGAAAAUUAA